CGGGUGGCAACGAGGCCCCGCCCUCCCAGGAGGCACGUGACUCAUGGAGGACGUGUGGCCGGCGCGCGGACCAGGAAGGAAGCUCUGGACUUGCGCUUGGAUUGUUUGAGGUAUCUUUAUUAAAAUGGAGGCUCUGUGACUACGCUCUACGAUUUGCACUCUUGAUCUACCAUUGUUGUUCAGGCACAGUGCUAAAGGCUGGAGGAAAUGUGACUGGGCAAUCUCUUUAACUGGCUGUGCUUAAGAAACCAGUCAUGGUGGAUGUUGGAAAGUGGCCUGUGUUCAGCUUGCUUUCUCCGCAGGAAAUUAAAUCGAUUCAUCAAGCCUGUGUAUUUGGUACUUCAGCUACUGAGGCUAUUUACGUAACAAAAAAUGAUGAUGUGUUUGCACUUGGGGUGAAUUGCAGCAACUGCCUAGGAAUUGGAGAUGGUCAGAGUGUAGUUACACCAAAGAAAAUAGAAGCUUUGUGUGGGAAGAAAAUAAUUUCUCUCAGUUAUGGAAGUGGACCACAUAUUUUACUUGCAACUAAAGAUGGAGAGACCUACUCCUGGGGCCUCAACAGUUAUGGCCAGCUGGGUAAUGGAACAACUGGUCCUGGUUCAUUACCUUUCCUUGUUUCUAGCAUGUUCGAUGACAAAAAAGCAGUGGAGGUUGCUUGUGGUUCCAAUCAUUCUAUGGUUCUAACAACAGAAGGGGAGGUUUAUUCCUGGGGUUAUAACAACUGUGGACAAAUUGGAUCAGGAUCUACUGCAAGCCAGGCAACGCCACGGAGAGUGACACACUGUUUGCAGAACAAGAGGGUUGUCGCUAUCGCCUGUGGUCAGAUAUUCUCCAUGGCUGUAGUAGACAAUGGAGAGGUGUAUAGUUGGGGUUACAAUGGCAGUGGUCAACUGGGCACAGGAGUUAAUGGAAACCACCUUACCCCUUGCAGAGUGACUGCAUUACAAGGAAUUUGUGUCCUUCAGAUUGCCUGUGGUUCCGCUCACACACUCGCACUAACAGAUGAGGGCUUGUUGUAUACGUGGGGAGCUAAUACAACUGGGCAGCUGGGUAUUGGGAGUAAAAUCAACCAGCUGGUACCAGUGCUGAUCACUUUGGAGAAAGAAAGGAUUGUGGAGAUUGCCGCCUGCCAUUCCACUCACACCUCAGCUGCUAAGACCCAGAGUGGUCAGGUGUACAUGUGGGGCCAUUGCCGUGGCCAAUCAGUCACCUCUCCACGUCUCACUCACUUCUCCUGUACGGAUGAUGUGUUUGCCUGCUUUGCCUUGCCAGCAGUUACGUGGCGCCUCUUGUCCAUAGAGCAGGAUGAUCAUCUGACUGUAGCUCAGUCUCUGCACAAGGAGUUUGACAGCUUGGAAAUGUCAGAUUUAAAGUUCUGUGUGGAAGGAAAAUUCAUCCAUGUUCAUAAAGCUGUUCUAAAAAUCAGAUGUGAACAUUUUCGAACUAUGUUUCAAUCCUACUGGAGUGAAGAUGAAAAAGAGGUGAUUGAGAUUGACCAGUUUAGCUACCCUGUGUACCGUGCCUUUCUAGAAUAUUUGUACACAGACUCUGUCAACCUACCUCCCGAGGAUGCAAUAGGGCUCCUGGAUCUGGCUACUUCUUACUGUGAAAACAAGGUGAAGAAACUGUGCCAGGAGAUAAUUAAGAGAGGUAUUACUGUGGAGAAUGCGUUUUUAUUGCUCUCAGCAGCUGACCGAUAUGAUGCCAAGGAUUUAGAAGAAUUUUGCUUCAAAUUCUGUAUGAAUCAUUUGACUGCAGUCACCAACACUGAUGCAUUUUGGCAAAUGGAUGGAGCUCUCUUGAAAGAAUUCAUUGGAAAAGCAAGCAAAUGUGGAGCUUUCAGAAACUGAAUUAGUUGUGUAGAUAUACUCAAGUGAUGUUACACAUGCACUUUUUCCCAUAACUUAAUGGAAAAUUGAUACAACUUUUGUAGAAUAUUCCAACUAGCCUAACUGUAUAAAGUUAUACAACUGCCAGUGUGAUAUGGAUAACAGAUGGAUAUAAAGGUUUGGCAUAUUCGCAGAAAAUUGCAGUCACAUAAAUUAAUUUGUCCAAUGUGGUUGAAAAGAUUGGACUUCAAUUGUAGCUCAUUGCUUGACUGCACUUAGUUUCCUGGAUGUACAUAAUUACAUGUCUGAUCUCUUGUGCAGCAAAUAAAAUGUUUAUAAUGAA